UUUUUAAUGACAUCUUUAUAAGGAACUCGAUUUACGAAAAAAAAAAUACCUACUUAGUUGCAAAUAUGUAACACUGUGUUUUAAAAUUAUCUAAUAAUAACACAUACUUAUAACUGACGAACUAAUAGCAAUACGUGAGUUAUGAUAAAGAUGGACACGAUAAAUUCAAAUGAUAACCCCAAAGAAGCUGCGGUUACAGUGAAAAACGCGUUCAAGAGAUACAGUGACUCGAAUGUUGUGUUAAAUGGAUUAAAUAUGACUGUAAAAGAAGGAACCAUAUAUGGUUUACUGGGACCUAGUGGUUGUGGUAAAACUACCCUUUUACAUUGCAUACUUGGUAAAAAUGAACUAGAUGGUGGUAUGAUCAAAGUUAAAGCAAAGACAAAUGCUGAUAUUGGAUAUAUGCCCCAAGAAAUAUCUCUGUACAAUGAAUUAACUAUCGAAGAAACGCUGACUUUUUAUGGAAGACUUUUUGGCCUGAGUGAUAGAGAAAUUGAAAAAAGAACAGAUGAAUUACUAGUAUUCUUAGAUUUGCCGUCGAAAACCAGAUUAGUUGGUGGAUUAAGUGGUGGACAGUGUCGAAGAGUCUCCUUUGCUGUUGCUUUGGUACACAACCCUCAGUUGCUGAUACUGGACGAGCCUACUGUUGGUGUCGAUCCCGUGCUUUGUGUGAGCAUAUGGGAUAAACUUCUACUUAUGGUUCAGAUGGAAAAUAAAACCGUGAUCGUUACUACUCAUUAUAUCGAGGAAACUCGUCGAGCUCAUACUAUCGGUUUAAUGAGAAAUGGAAAGUUACUAGCUGAAAAUUCGCCCACUGAAUUAAUGACAUUGUACAAUUCAUCGACUUUAGAAGACGUAUUCUUACAGCUAUGCGAAAGACAACAUUCAACUUCUGCUGUUAAUCAAUCGAAUAAUAAUCAGGAAAUUCGAGGACGUUUCAAUUCAAUGUCAAAAAACAAAUCACAAGUGCCUUUAAAACAAACCCCGAGUUGUUCUUGGAAUAUAAUAUUCGCUCUGUUGACAAAAAAUUACUACUGGAUGAAAAGAAAUUCAACUAUCAUCUUAUAUGUAUUCUUGGUGCCAUUUGUGGACUGCAUGAUUUACUCGAUGUGCAUUGGGAAUGACCCAACCGAGCUCAAAUUAGCCGUAGUAAAUGAAGAAUUUCCAGGAAUAUCGAACUGCGAUUCGUUGCAAUUGGAUGGAUGUAAUUUUUCAAUACCAUUCAGCUGCAGAUACAUUAAAAAACUGCAACAAAAAACAUACGAAAUGGUUGAAUAUUACGACAUUGAUUCGGGUAAAAAUGCAGUAAAAAAAAAUAAAGCUUGGGGUUUGGUACAUUUUCCAAAAAAUUAUACCGCUUCGAUGAAUGAACGAAUCACAUUAAGAGAAAAGGCUGACGAUGCAUCGUUAACAUUUAGCGAAGUUCAAAUUUGGCUCGAUAUGUCGAACCAGUACAUCGGUAAUCUACUCAGAAGAGAUACAUUGAAAGAAUGCUUCGAAUACCUCCGGGAAUUAUUUUCCGAAUGUGAAUGGCCACCUCAUUUGGCUGAGCUACCGAUCAAAAUAGAAGAUGCGGUUUAUGGAAGCAAUAACCCUAAAUUUAGACAUUCUACAUCGUCAUCUGUUAUAUCAUUAUUUCAUUUCCAUUUACCAAUGCUCUUCACUGCUGGAGCUGUUCUAAUGGAAAAAAUGAGCGGUUCGUUGAGCAGAUCUUUAAUUUCAGGAGUGACAAUGUUGGAAAUAGCGAUUUCACUUAUAAUCAUUCAAUUCGUGAUACUGUGCAUACAAUGCACCACCAUGGUGUUGACGCUAUUCGUUUUGUAUGACAAUCCUCUGCUAGUGGGAAAUUUACUAUGGAUAGCGAUACUUCUGUUAUCAACUGGUGUUAGCGCCUUUUUUUAUGGUUUUCUAGUAGCAGUGAUGAGUAAUUCGCAUAUAACAGCUACUUACAUAUGUGUAGGAAGUACAUUUGGAUUUUUCACUAUGUGUGGAGUGUUGUGGCCUUUGGAGGGAAUGCAUUGGAUUUUAAAACCUUUCAGUUACAUUUUACCAAUUACCAGGUGUGCAGAAGCUUUUCGAGCUUUAUCAGUAAAAGAUUACCCAUUAAGUAAUCCAAUAGUGUAUCAAGGAUUUUUUUCAAGCAUUCUUUGGAGUUGUUUUUUUGUUUCGAUAACCACAAUCAUCCUGAAGAAAAAUAAAGGAUUGGGAAAUAAUUAAAAUAAUGAUAUGUAAAUAAUAAAAUAAAGCAUUUUGACGUAAAA